AUGCCAAAACAGUGCGUAUGCACGCGCGAGAAAAGGAAUUGCGGGUGCGGCAACACCGAUCCUUCCGCGUCCAACACGACUAGAAUUGCGGAAGUACGAAAAAGCGAAGCUCUGCCCAAUACCUUUGAUGUCACGAAAUAUGGUGCCAAGGCAGGAUCGGAUAUCACUAAGGCUUUAUUGAGUGCGUGGAAAGAGGGAUGUGCAGCAGCGGGUUCCGGCAAAGUCGUGGUACCAAAAGGGAAGUACUUUUUAGGCGUGGUGGAUUUGAUAGGCCCUUGCAAGGGUGCCAUGCAUCUUCAAGUGGAAGGAACGUUGGUGGCGCCAGCAAAAGCUAGCCAACACAGCAAGAAUAGCUGGGUUACAUUGAGAUACCUGGACCGAUUAACGGUAUCCGGUGGCGGGGCCUUCGACGGACAAGGAGAAAUUGCUUGGGAGCGAGCGCACUGUGGCGACAGAUGCAAGACACCACUUCCAAUUAACCUACGGUUUGACUUCGUCACCAACAGCAUAGUUGAGGACGUAACUUCCAUCGAUAGCAAGCAGUUCCACGUCAAUGUCCUCGGCAGCAAAAACCUCACCUUCCAGCGGUUUUCAGUGAAAGCCCCGGGACAUAGUCUCAACACCGAUGGAAUUCACAUUGGACGAUCGGAGGGGAUCAACAUAAUUAAUUCAAACAUUGUCACCGGUGAUGAUUGCAUCUCCAUUGGCCAGGGGAGCAAGCAAGUACGAAUCACAAAUGUAAGGUGCGGACACGGGCAUGGCAUUAGUGUUGGAAGCUUAGGAAAGUACGAGAAGGAAGAACCUGUGUCCGGAAUUUAUGUAAAGAAUUGCACAAUAUACGACACUGACAAUGGCGUGAGAAUUAAGACUUGGCCCGCAUUGUAUGGUGGCAUUGCGUCGAAUAUCCAUUUCGAGGACAUCGUCAUGCAGAACGUCAGCAAUCCCAUCAUUAUAGAUCAAAUGUACUGCCCAUGGAACCUAUGCAAUCGGAAGAAGCCAUCAAAAGUUCAAAUCAGCGACGUCAGCUUCAAGAAUAUUCAAGGAUCGUCAAGAACGCCCACGGCCGUUCAAAUUACGUGCAGCAGCAGCGUACCAUGCAAGGACAUUGUGCUUUCUAACGUUAACCUCAAGUACACCGGAUCUAAGGGAUCUGCAAAAUCUAAAACAGUGCGUAUGCACGCGCGAGAAAAGGAAUUGCGGGUGCGGCAACACCGAUCCUUCCGCGUCCAACACGACUAG